AUGUACAUCACCGCGGCUAUCGCAUCGGCACCGUUUCCGCUCAAGGACCACAUCAACGCCGCGUACCUCAAGCGAUGCGAGGUCAUCCAUCCGGGGCACGAAGCGGAUGGGACACUCAUCCUUCUUGGCGACUCGCACGCUGACAUGUCCCGGUUCAUGAAGCUCUUUAACCGAUGGGCCCGCGCGAUGCUGCCGUGCCGGCCCGAGUUUGCCGCCAACAUGCAAAUGCUGGUGACUGUUAAACUGCAAGCCGUCCUCCUCGCCGUGCACUGGGUCUAG